GAGAGGGUGAUACGAAAAAAUCUUUUCCCCUAGGUGAAAAAGGUGUUAGGAACAAAAAAGGCCUAUGAACGCUAGGGUUUGGAGGUAAUCGUCUAGAAACAUUAUAAAAGCUAGGGUUGGAAGUGAAAAUUUCGAUACCGGUUGUUUUUGUCACGUUCAUAGAAGGUCUUGAGCACCUGAGGGGGGCAAGCGGGUUCGAAUUGAGGAGAAGGAGAACGCUCUGGUUUUGCUGCAACCAUGGCGACCAGAUUGCAGUUCGAGAACUCGUGUGAAAUUGGUGUCUUCUCCAAGCUGACAAAUGCUUAUUGCUUGGUCGGAAUCGGUGGAUCGGAAAACUGUUACAGCACAUUUGAAGAGCAGUUGUUGGAUGAAAUUCCUGUAAUUAAAACCUCCAUAGGUGGUAUGCGGAUAGUUGGUCGGCUUUGUGCUGGCAACAAAAACGGUCUCAUUUUGCCUCAUAAUACUACUGACCAAGAACUUCAACACUUGAGGAACAGUUUGCCAGAUAGUGUUGUUGUUCAGCGCGUUGAGGAGAGAUUAUCUGCUUUGGGGAAUUGUGUUGCUUGCAAUGACCAUGUUGCUCUUACACACACAGAUCUUGAUAAGGAAACUGAAGAGCUGAUUGCUGAUGUCCUUGGUGUUGAAGUUUUUAAACAGACGAUAGCAGGGAAUAUCCUUGUUGGCAGCUAUUGUGUUUUUUCUAACAUAGGUGGCUUGGUGCAUCCACAGACAUCCAUUGAAGAUCUUGAUGAACUUUCAACUCUCCUCCAAGUCCCUCUGGUGGCAGGAACUGUGAACCGUGGUGUGGAUGUUAUUGGUGCGGGGUUAACAGUGAAUGACUGGGCAGCAUUUUGUGGGUCAGAUACCACCGCGACAGAGUUGAAUGUUAUUGACAAUGUGUUCAAGCUGCAAAAGGGCAAUCAACCCCGUGCUAUUGUUGACGAAAUGCGGAAUUCGUUGAUUGACAGCUACAUCUGAAAUUUUGCGAUCGCCAUGUUUCACAACCAUUGGCACAGCUUUGUCUAAAGUUUUACAACUGGUGCUUCAUAACUAUUGGCGUCUUUGUUUUAAACGUGUUUGGAUUUUGUAUUGUCUAUUUUUAGCUUUGUCUGGUAUUAUGCUAAAUGGAUGGAUAUUAACAUGAUAAAUACAUUGUUGGUUGUAUUUCUCAAUUUUUACCAGCAAUAAUACUUGCGUUUAUUG